AUGUCUAAAAUCGCCUCCACGUUCUCGCGCCUGGUGCGCUUUGUGCCCAAGUCGAACCCCGCCAAGGUUCUAAUUGGUGAGCCCGUCGAUCCCAAGUUGGAUGUCGGAUUGGCCCUCUACCAGGGCAAGGAGGUUGCGGUGCACCCGUUCUCUGGCACCUCAGUCCUGAGCCCUGGCAAAGUGACCGAUACGACGGAGACCAUCGCGCGUAUUUUAUCGCCUCUAGCGCAAAACGAGGUUGGAACUAUUCGCUGUAUUGGCUUGAAUUAUGCCUCCCACGCUAAGGAGAUGGCUCUCCCAAUCCCAGAGGUCCCAACGUUGUUCAUGAAGCCAGCCAGCUCUCUGGCGGAUCCUUGGCCUGCACCAACAGUUCUGCCUAAAAUUACGCAGCAGGAUAACACUGGCGACUAUGAGUCUGAGAUGGUAAUUGUCAUUGGACGUGAUGCCAAGGAUGUGUCCGAGUCCGAGGCCCUCGAAUAUGUCCUCGGCUACACAGCUGCCAACGAUGUUUCUAGCCGUACUUCCCAGAUGAACCAGAGCCAGUGGUCUUUUUCUAAGGGCUUUGAUGGCGCAUGCCCGAUUGGUCCCGUGCUUGUUUCCGCUACCCUUAUCCCCGAUGCCAACAAGCUCCAGAUUCGUGGUCUUAAGAACGGCAGUGUAAUGCAGGACUGCCCCUUGACUGACCUGAUCUUCAGUGUCCCCCAGUUGAUCAGCUUCCUCUCCCAAGGCACCACACUUCCUGCCGGUACAAUCAUCUUGACCGGCACCCCGCCCGGUGUAGGCGCAGCAAAGAACCCCAAGGAGUUCAUCAAGGCUGGCGACGAGUUCGCCGUUGAGCUGCUGCCACACGUUGGAACACUUAUCAACAAAAUCGAGCACCAGUAA